AAAGUAGCAUAAUGAGGUGAAGCAGACGCUUGAUUCUGAUUUACAGUUCACACAGCAAUGUAAGCUGCUCGAAAUAAAUGCAAUGGCAACAAAAAUUAUUUACUUUACAGUAAAUGGGAGACCAGAGCAAGCUGAGUUCCCGGUGAAUUGUCCUGCUCAGGAUGUCAAAGAUCUGUUCCGAUCCGCAGCUGAAGCCGGUCCACAUGACAUCUUAAAGCUUUACAAUCCUAAAGGCAACAUCAUCAACAUCUCACCCAACCUGGAGCCGAACAAGCCGAACACUUGCUACAAACUCGAGGUGGUGGCUUCUGGCUGCAACAGUGAGCCAUUAGGUGUGGAGCUUGCUGGUGCACUGGGAUUUGAUCUCUCAUCUAUGGAGAAAAGACUCAAAGGCCUGGAAAAGAAAAUCCUCGAUGAAGCAGGAACUACACCUGCAGUCAUCUAUGAGAUGAAGAAACAGGUGGAUUCAUUCCGGGAGAAACUGGAGACUGUGGAGCAUCUUAGCUGGCUUGGGUUAUUCAAGGACUUGUCAGAGGCAGCGCACAAGCCCUCUCCAUUCUACCACAAGAGAACAUUGCAUAAAACAAAAGAGGAAUGUGAGCAUGUGCGUGAAAAGUUCCUUCAAAUGAGCUCUCUGGAGGUAACGGAGGAAGUGAGGCAGUACUUGAAGACGCCAACAUUUGACAACUGGCAAUGGGAGGAUGCGGAGAUAAUGGUCCUUCUGCAAGUCAUGUACACAGACUUAGAUUUUCUCACGACCUACAAUAUUGAACCUGAAGUGUUCCAACAGUUCCUGUUUGAAGUGUACCGCAGAUACAACAACAUCCCCUUCCACAACUUCAAGCAUUGCUUCUGUGUCACCCAGAUGAUGUAUGGUUUAAUCUGGUUGACUGACCUGAGAAGUAAGAUGGACAGCAUUGACCUGCUCAUCAUGCUGACCUCUGCAGUUUGCCAUGAUCUUGACCACACUGGCUAUAACAAUGCAUACCAGAUCAAUGCUCGGACGGAACUUGCUCUACGCUACAAUGACAUCUCUCCCUUGGAGAAUCACCACUGUGCUGUCGCUUUUGAUAUACUGGAGAAGACAGAGAGCAACAUCUUCAGAAAUCUGUCUCUGGACCAGUACAAACGGAUAAGGGAAGGCAUUAUUAAGUGCAUUCUGGCCACUGACAUGACAAGGCACAAUGAGAUCCUCAACAAAUUCAAGUCCAUUCUGUCUACGUUUGAUUUUGACAACAAGGAUCACAGAGAUGUGCUCAUGAUGAUUCUGAUCAAAGUGAGUGACAUCUCGAAUGAAGCCCGCCCCAUGGAAGUGGCAGAGCCCUGGCUAGAUUGUCUUUUACAGGAGUUCUACAACCAGAGUGAUGUUGAGAAAUUAGAGGGUCUUCCUGUCACCCCUUUCAUGGACCGGGACAAGAUAACCAAACCCUCAUCUCAAACUGGGUUCAUCAGAUUUGUGCUUUUGCCGCUCUUUAAAGAGCUGGCCAACCUCUUUCCCUGUCUGGAGCAACACCUCAUAGACCCAGUACGAAAGGCCCUGGACUACUACACUGAGUUGGAGAAAGCCCUGGAGAAAGAGAAACCAAACCGGGCUCCGUGUGAAAAUGGAUUCAAGAGCAAAGAGAUACCAGUGGGCCAGCUGAGUACAGAUGAGUGUCAGAACUCUGGGUCUGAAGCCUCAAAAACAAACACACAGUGAACUAUCGUGACUAAAAUAUUCGUACAAAGUAACCCUGUAUGUGUCUUUCGACAUGGAUCCUUCAUGUUUGUUU